AUGAAUGAGAAAGAAGAUACUAUUUAUUAAUCAUUUAUUAAUUCAGAAGAUAGUAUUCCUUAUGAUAAUCAACUUGAAUAAUGCUAAUAAUGUGUAUAACUAUAAAAAUAUGUUUAUUAAUUGGAAUAAGAAAUAUCAGAGUUAAAUAAAAUGAUGUAAACAUAAGUAAAUAUUGAAAGAGAAAUAGUCAAAGAACUAAAAACCUCAAAAUAUUCAAAUACCCAAAAAAUUAUCGUAUUGUAAAUUGUAAAGUGUCAGUGUUAGACAUUGCAAUCAUCAUCACUUAAGCAAGAGUCUUCAUGAAGAUUAAGGCCAUAAUACAAAAAGUAUGUUUACUAGUUCUGGACAUCAAAAGAGAAAGAUUUUUGAUGAAGUUGAAGAAAAGACUAGCACCAAAGCCCUUUAAUUUUAUAAAUUGUGA